AACGGGUUUCUACUCUAGUUGAACAAAGUAGAUCCCUUGGAUAAUCCAGACUGCCUAGAAAUCUAUAACUACAUCUUUUUUUUAAGUAACUGAUUUUUUUUCUUUUUAAAAUGCUAUAUUCUCACCUUACUAUCCACCUUCUGCUUUCAGUGAUACAGUUACUUAGUGGCAUUUUAGCCAAUGGCAUUAUUUUGGUUGGGCGUGGCAUGGACUUGAUCAAGAGGAGAAAGUGGACUUCCCUGGAUCUCCUGCUCUCCUGUCUGGGCGUCUCUCGGAUUUGUCUGCAGCUCAUGUUCUUCUACAUGACCCUGACUUUUCUCUCCAUUGUAGAAUUCUCUGAAUCAAGCACACAUUUUGCAGUCUGCAUGUUGAUAAAUGAGUCGGGACUCUGGUUUGACACAUGGCUGGGUGUUUUCUACUGUGCCAAGACUGCCAAUAUCACUCACCCACUCUUCUGGCUGAAGAGGAGAAUUUCCAAGCUGGUGGCCUGGCUGAUUCUGGCGUCGCUGCUCUAUACAUCUAUCGUUUCUAUUUUCCACAACAAAUAUUCAUGGCCAAUUUUCCAAAAAACAUUGCCCCAGUAUUUCUCAAAAAAUGCCACAGCUCAGAGCAAAUAAGGCUCUACUUUUCUGUACAUCUUUCUUGCCACUGAACUCUCCCUGCCGUUGCUUAUCUUCCUUGCUUCUGUUCUGCCCUUGGUUUUCUCACUGGGGAGACACACCUGGCAGAUGAGAAGCACAAUGACAGGCUCCAGGGACCUGAGCAGGAGCUCCCAACUCAGGGCCAUUCUGUCCAUCCUGUCCUUCCUCUUCCUCUACCUCACUCACUAUGUGGUCGAUGCCCUGAUCACUUUUUCGAUCCUCCAGGCCAGAAGCCUCGUCUUCCUGUUCUGCAUGUUGGUGGCUGGGACAUACCCCUCGGCACACUCCAUCAUCUUAAUUUUGGGAAACACUAAACUGAAGCAAAACGCAAAGACGUUCCUCCUUCACUGUAGGUGCUGUCCUUGA